CCAAUCGGCUUUCCGUCUGCGCGCAACCCGAUUUCCCCGCGGUUCAACUUCUCUCGGCCAUGCGAUCUUCAUGACCUCGAUCUCUCUCGUCCCCAUGAAAUCUUCCAUAUCCUCCUUGCGCUGCCGCUGCAGUGGCGCUACCUUGCGGUCGACGGCCAGUCGAUCGCACCGGUAUGCCUCGACCUCGACCUCGAGUUCAUCCUCAUCCUCCUCCUCAACCUCGGCGACACCCUCCACGUCUCCCACGUCUCCAAAAACGCGCUGGCUAGCAAUUACCCUCGUGAGCGUCGCCGCAGCCGGCGUAGGUGCCUAUAUCCGAUCCCAAACACCAGGCUCAGCAACCCUCAACCAAGAAACCUUCACAAAAUACAGCCUUGUCUCCCGGGAACCAGUCUCCUCCACGAGUAGCCUAUUCACCCUCCGACCUCGAUACCACAGCGACGGCAACUACGAUGUCUACGAGGAAGCCUGGCGAACGGGAGUAUGGAGUGUAAUGUUCAAGCAGCCGCAGCUCCAAAUUGGCCGAGACUAUACGCCUCUGCCUACGACGGCGGCGACGUCACUGUCCGUCGAUGAGGAGAAUGAGGGAUACUUGCGGUUCUUCAUUCGGAAGGAUCCGUUUGGCGAGGUUUCGAGGUAUCUGCAUACGCUGGAACCCGGGGCCGAUAUUGAGUUGAGAGGGCCGCAAAUAGAGUGUGCGAUUCCCAAGGAAACAAGGGAGAUUUUGUUUAUUGCUGGCGGGACGGGGAUUGCGCCGGCGUUGCAGGCUGGGUAUUCGCUGUUGCAUCGGACGACGAAGAACAAUCGACCGAGGAUUCAUAUCAUUUGGGCGAGUCGACUCAGGGCUGAUUGUGUCGGUGGUGUGAGUGAUACACCGAAAGCUCCGGCGGCGUCGUCAAGUCGCUCGUGGUUCUCAGGCUGGUUUGGUUCGUCGUCCAGCGGCGCAAAUGCCUCUCACUUCGAGACGGCUAGUCCGGUCUCUCCGGGCCAGGAACAGUCGCUGAUUGUGCGCGAAUUGGAAGCGCUCAAGUCGCAAUAUCCUGGGCAGAUUACGGUGGAUUAUUAUCUGGAUGAAGAGAAUCGUUUCAUUGGAAAGAACGACCUGGCCCAGUUUAUCAAGCCAACAACGGAGACGGAGAACCAGGAGACCCGAAAGUUGAUCCUAGUGUCUGGCCCUGAGGGCUUCAUCAGUUACAUGGCCGGGCCUAAAGUGUGGGCUCAAGGUACCGAGCUCCAGGGUCCUUUGAAGGGCAUUAUCAAGGAGCUGGAUCCUAAAGGUUGGGCUGUAUGGAAGCUGUGAGAAUUUUCUUACGUCCCG